AAGCUCCGCCAUGUUUUGAGGAGAGGUGUGUUGUUUGGAUUGCUAGCAACAUUUUACAUAAACUCUUAUCUGCAAAAUGCACACCUCUCACCGACUUUAAUGUAUUUGUAUACAUGUUAUCGCCCUUGAAGGCUAUUAGGUCGCAGUACAUAAUCAAAUGAUAACGGACCUCCAGCUCUCUUGUGGUUAGCAAUCUUUUGAAGAAGAUUAACAGGGGCUUGCUGCCUCCUACACAGAUUCGUUCGUCUCCUUCUUUCGGAAUGUUCUCAAAAAAGCCUCAUGGGGACGUCAAAAAAUCAACACCGAAAGUGUUGGAUCCCAAAAAAGAUGUACUGACACGCCUAAAACACCUGCGGAUCGUUAUAGAAAAUGCAGAGUCGGGGGACCUGAAGCAUUUCUUUGAUCAGUACUACUCUCACAUCUACUAUGUGUUCUUUGAGAACUUUGUUAUUAUUGAAGUCAGUCUCAAACAGAAAGGUCACAAAUCACAAAGGGAAGAACUUGACUCCAUUCUUUUCAUAUUUGAGAAAAUUCUGCAACUCCUACCAGAGCGAAUACAAGGACGAUGGCAGUUCCACAGCAUAGGCCUCAUUCUGAAGAAGUUGUUGCACACUGGGAACUCGUUAAAGAUCCGAAGGGAGGGUGUACGUCUGUUCCUGCUAUGGAUGCAGGCCUUGCAAGGCAACGCACUGAGAGAGCAGCUAUGGAUUUUUGCCUGUCUGAUCCCUGGCUUCCCAUCUCCCCAGUCAGAGCUUGGCCCUCGAACCCUGGACAACCUGGUCAACCCCCCUCUCAGCCUCCAGGAGACUCAAGUGACUCCAGAAGAGAUCAGUCCCCUGGUCCCUCCUCAGGCAGGGGAUAGAGCCCAGGAAGACCUCACAGGAUACUUUCUAGAGGCUCUUCUGAAAUACAUGGUAAACCAGGCCAAAAGUCUGGAGUGGAAGUGUAAAGACAACCACGAGAAGGGCUUUGCAUUCCUGUUUGGAAACUUCAAGAAAUAUUACCUGCCGCACAUAUUCCCCAACUUCUCCAAGGAGACCAGUUUGUACCAUCCCAUACUGGAGGUUCCUUCGAUGAGACCAAAGCCUUACUACAGUGUGGUGAAGAAAGACCCAGAGACCAACGAGGCAGUGUACUGUACCAAGGAGAGCCUCCUCAACGCCCGGGUCAUCUUCAUCCGCUGGCUGGUGUCCUUCUGGCUGGAGCCACGCUCCAACACUGGAACACACAUCCCCGGGGUGGACGGAGAGAGGGAGAGCGUUCCAAAGAACAUCCAGAGGGCAGCAGCAGGGCUGGCAGCGCGGGGACAUGGCCUGGGCGGGGACCUGGGCCCCAGGGCAGACAGCCUGGACAGAGCGAUUGGGUGUGAGCAGGAGCAGUCCCACUCCAACACCUCCACCCUGACGGAGAGGGAGCCCAGCUCCUCCAGCCUGUGUAGUAUGGACGAGGAGCACCUCACUGACAAGGAGGUGGUGAGACGAGUCCUCUGUUCCUCCAGGACUAACGUCAACUUCAUCACCGAGGUCUUCAGACAGGCCUUCCUGUUGCCGAUGUGUGAGGCUGCAGCCAUGAGGAAGGUGGUGCGGGUGUACCAGGAAUGGUUCGCCCAGGAGGACAAGCCUGUGUUUAUGAGGGAGCCGGAGGAAGAGAAGUUCUUUACCACGGUUGGAGGGAUCAACCUAGAGCCUGUACCCCAGCAGGACGCUGAGAAGGAGGAGGGGGUGAGUAAAGUGUCUGAGAAAGAGCUGCUGGAGUACAGUGUGCAUGCCGGUGUUCAGCCCACUCUACAGGUGUUUGUCACCAACUCUGCCAACGUUUUUCUGCUGGAACCAGCCAACGAGCUCAAGGUGUUGCUGGAGGAACAUGUUGACAUGUGCAAGAGAGUCCUCAACAUCUAUCGCAGCCUGGUCAUGCAUGAAACCAUGGACCAGAAGACAUGGGAGCAGAUCUUGCUGGUGCUGUUGAGGGUGACAGAGUGUGUGAUGAGGAGACCUCCCUCCAUCAUGCCCCAUGGCAAGAAGAACAUCACUCUCUCUGGGAGGCUGGCCGGGGCCGUCUUUCAGACCUUGAUAGUGGCCUGGAUCAAAGGGAACCUGAACGUGUACAUCUCCAGGGAGCUGUGGGACGACCUGCUGGCCGUGCUGUCCUCGCUCACCUGCUGGGAGGAGUUGGUCACAGAGUGGUCCCUCACCAUGGAGACGCUCACCAAAGUUCUGGCCCGCAACCUGUACAGUCUGGACCUCAACGAGCUGCCCCUGGACAAGCUGAGCGAACAGAAACAGAAGAAACACAAGGGAAAAGGGGGCGCUCACGAGGGCCAGAAGACGGCUGUGGGCCAUUCGUUCUCUAAGGGCUGGAGCAGGGACCAGCCUGGGAGCGGUCAAGCAGCAGCCAUGAGGCAGCGCAGUGCCACCACCGCUGGCUCCCCGGGUAUGGAGAAGGCCAGGAACAUCAUGCGCCAGAAGACUGUGGCCCUGCGUAGCUGCUCUACGGGUGACAGCUUCCUGUCCCAAGCCUUUAUCCGCAGCGCUAAAAGUGCCCCUGUCCUGAUCCAUCCUCUCCACCCUCUCCUGUCUGACUCUGUCCUCACCUCCCUAGCUGACGAGCUGGCAGAUAUGGAGGACCCCCCCAUGGUCAUGACCUCUCGGGCACCCAGGGUCCGCCACUGCUCCCAGAGCGAGAAUACCCCGGCCUCUGAGGUGUUCUCAGCAUCCAGUGACCUGGAACCCCAGGGGCCUCCGCUCCCCCGCAGCAGCAGCGCUUCUGACAUCAUGGAGCCCUUCAUCGCUGAGAGGGUCAAAGGCAACAAAGAGGACCCUUGUCAGACGAUGCGUGCUGUGCCCAGUGAUAACGGCAACCAAAACUUUGGAGACCUGAUGGACGAAUUUAUCCAAGAGCGUCUGCGAGCGAGAGGCACCUCUGGCAUGACAAGGCGUGGCAGUAGCCCCUGUAGUCUGGAGAUCCCCAAAGACCUGCCGGAGCUCCUGGGCCGUCAGAACGUCUCACAACCUGUGGACGACCCCGGUGUGCCCUCUGAGUGGACCUCCCCCGCCAGCAGCAGCGACGUCAUCAGCUCCGACAGCCAAUCAGACUCCUUCAACGCCUUCCAGUACGCCAACUGCAAGUUGGAAAAUUUCAGCUUUGGUCCAGAUGGCUGUGGUGCGGGGUCUUUGGACCAGGAUAACGCUAGCCUUGGAGGGCUGCCCCAGACUGCAGAGGAACAGGAGUUGUCCAGCCUCACCACCCUGCACAUAGAUUCAGAGACCAGCAGUCUGAGCCAGCACGGCCUGUCUGCAGACGCCAUCACCAUCACAGGUUCAGAGAGUGCGUCCCCGAUGCAUUCCCUGGGUGGUUCCUGCUCACAGAGCCCAUCUCCAGCCACCCUGACCGCUGAACACAUAGGGCUGCAGCACGAGGACCUGCAGCUGGAUGAGAAACUACAUCACUCUGUACUACACACUCCUGAUGACCUGGAAACCAGUGAGGUUCCUACAGAGGACUGCAGUGUGAUGGCCGGUGGCUCCCUGACCGGUUGGCACGCGGACGUUGCCACGGUGAUGUGGCGGAGGAUGCUAGGUAUUCUGGGUGAUGUGAACACCAUUAAGGACCCAGAGAUCCACGCGCAGGUCUUUGACUAUCUCUGUGAGCUGUGGCAGAACCUGGCCAAGAUCAGAGAUAAUCUGGGCAUCUCUCUGGACAACCAGUCAUCUCCUCCUCCCCCGGUCCUCAUCCCUCCCCUCCGGAUCCUCACCCCCUGGCUCUUCAAAGCGACCAUGCUGACAGAGAGGUACAAACAGGGGAAGCUACACGCCUACAAGCUCAUCUGUAAGAUCAUGAAGAGGAGGCAGGACGUUUCGCCCAACUCAGAUUUCCUCACACACUUCUACAACAUCAUGCACUGUGGCCUUAUGCACGUCGACCAGGACAUAGUGAACACCAUCAUUAAGCACUGUUCUCCUCGGUUCUUCUCCAUCGGGCUGCCUGGAGCCACCAUGCUUAUCCUGGAUUUCAUCAUCGCAGCCAGCAGAGUCACAGCCUGCUCCUCCCUCAAUGCCCCACGGGUGGAGGCUCAGAUCCUGCUGGGCUCUCUGGUGUGUUUCCCUAACCUAUAUGAGGAGCUGCCUGCCCUACACCCCACCACCGCUGACGUGGUCAUGACCAAGUUCAGAGACGUUAAGGAACACAUCAUCAAACACAUCCUGAGUUCAGCCAUAGAUGAGCCUUCAGCCCCAGCCAGGUGUGUGGCCCUGUGCAGUCUGGGUAUCUGGCUGUGUGAGGAGUUGGUCCACGGCACCCAGCAUCCUCAGAUCAAAGAAGCCCUCAAUGUCAUCUGUGUCACUCUAAAGUUUCCAAAUAAAACUGUCGCGCUGGUGGCCUCCGACAUUCUGCACUUGCUCAUAAACUAUGUCGAUGACCUUCAUAAAUUCCCCCUCGACACUCCAAAGAAAAUAGUUGAGAUCCUCAUAGCGACUAUCACUCACCUGCUUCCCACUACAGAAUCCUCGCCUCAUGAACUGGACAAGAGGUUGGUGGUGUCUCUGCUGUUGUGCCUGCUGGACUGGGUGAUGGCUCUGCCUCCUAAAACUUUGCUGCAGCCUGUCCAAACCCUCAGCCCCGGCAAGGAGAAGCCAGACAAGUCUGUCCUCAGCUGUAUCUACAAGGUGCUGCAUGGCUGUGUGUAUGGGGCCCAGAACUUCAACAGCCCUAGGUAUUUCCCCAUGAACCUGUCAGACCUGACCAGUCCAGACUACGACCCCUUCCUGCUACUGGAGAGUCUGAAGGAACCAGAGCCCCUCCACUCCCCUGACUCAGAACGCUCCUCCAAACUACAGCCUGUCACUGAGGUGCGGAGCCGUAUCCAGCACGGUCUGAUCUCCAUCGCUGCCAGGACAGUCAUCACCCACCUGGUCAACCACCUUGGGCACUACCCCAUGUCUGGAGGCCCUGCUACCCUGACCAGCCAGGUGUGUGAGAACAUGGACAACCCCUACAGCGAUAGCCCUGACCUGGCCCCAGAGCUCUUUGAUGGGCCCAACCUACAGUUCUUUGUCCUGAAUGGCACCACCCUCCUAUCCUGUCUGCAGGUCCGUGCUGAGGACGGUGUGCCUGGUGGAGGAAUGUCUGCAGGCCUCACCACCACCAGUGCCUGUGUGAGGGUUAUCGUCCGAGACAUCUCCGGAAAACACUCGUGGGAUUCGGCUGUGCUGUACGGGCCACCUCACUGUGGUGUUCCCAAUCAGCCCCUGCACCUCUACAGUAACACACCAACAGAGAGAAUGACUACAGAGGGGGAGAAGAACUGGGUUGGAGACCCUAUAGAGAAGGAAGAAGAGGAGAGGGAAGAGGGGGCAGCACCAGAGGAGGAGGUGGUGGUGUUGGUGCUGGGAGAGGAGGAGCAGGGGGAGGCUGUGGAGGAGGAAGGAGAGGAAGAAAAGGAGGAAGUGGAAGGUGUGUUGGAGCUCAUGGCCCCGCAAGCUAAGCGUGUGUGUCGUGAGGCGGUCCCGUCCUGGAACUCCAUGCGAGAAGAAGAUGCUCUAGAUGAGAUGCUGCAGUACCUGGGUUACUCCAGCCCCGAGUGCCUUCAGCGUGCCGGAGGCCCCCUUAACAUCCCCGCCCCAUCCCCUGUCUGCGUGUCGGAGAAGCAGGAGAACGACGUGAUCAACGCCAUCCUGAAGCAGUGUGCAGAGGAGAGGGACUUUGCGGUGCACAGGGGGAAGGGGCUGAACAUGAGAGCCGUGGAGCAAGGGGAGCCAGGGCCUCAGAGGCCUCAGUCAGCCUUCUACUACUGCAGGCUGCUACUCAACAUCCUGGGCAUGAACUCCUGGGAGAAGAGGAGCAACUUCCAUCUCCUGAAGAAGAACGAGAAGCUGCUUAGAGAGCUUAAGAACCUCGACUCCAGGCAGUGUCGAGAGACGCACAAAAUAGCCGUGUUUUACGUGGCAGAGGGGCAGGAGGACAAGCACUCUAUCCUGUGUAAUACCAGGGGGAGUCAGGCCUAUGAGGACUUUGUCUCUGGGCUGGGCUGGGAGGUGAACUUGACCAGUCACUGUGGCUUUAUGGGAGGUCUUCAGCGGAACAAGAGCACUGGUCUGACCAUGCCUUACUUUGCCACCUCCACCGUUGAGGUCAUGUUCCACGUCUCCACGCGGAUGCCCCCAGAUUCAGACGACUCACUCACCAAAAAGCUAAGGCAUCUUGGGAAUGACGAGGUGCACAUUGUGUGGUCUGAGCACUCGCGGGACUACAGGAGAGGCAUCAUCCCUACGGAGUUUGGAGACGUCCUCAUUAUCAUCUACCCCAUGAAGAACCACAUGUACAGCAUCCAGAUCCUCAAGAAGCCAGAGGUACCAUUUUUUGGGCCCCUGUUCGAUGGAGCCAUAGUGGAUGAGAAGAUCCUUCCCACCAUGGUCCGGGCCACGGCUCUCAACGCCAGCAGGGCUCUUAAAUCCCUCAUCCCCCUUUACCAGAACUUCUACGAGGAGAGAGCGCGUUACCUGGAGACCAUCGUACAGCACCACCUGGAGCCAACCACCUUCGAGGACUAUGCAGCAAGAGUCUUCUGCCCCGCUCCCUGCCUCCACCUGCCGUCAGACCCAGGCUCAUGCCUCGAGAGUCAGCAGGGAGAAAGUCCAGCAGCAGCGCUCCUAGACGGGGCCGACCAGUUAGCCUUGCCAAUGUCCCCUCAUACUAGCAAGAGCCGUAUGUCCAUGAAGCUCAGACGCUCCUCCGGCUCGGCCAACAAGACCUGAUCAGACUUUCCCUCCGCUGACCCUCCUCCACGCCACACCCAGCGAGAGUUCACAGCCUUCAGAUGAAGAGACUGCCUCUCUCUCUCUCUCUCUCUCUCUCUCUCUCUCUCUCUCUCUCUCUCUCUCUCUCUCUCUCUCUGUACUGUACAGCUAGGACUGCACUACACUGCAACUACCAGCCUUUACCUGCUAACAGCGAUGCAUGGCAUGUUAUGUACUCCAACUACAUGGACAUGGACACACCUGCCCUGCAUGGUCAGACUCCGCAUCUCCCCUACUGUACAACCCUUCAAAGAUGCAGGAUUAGGCCCUUGAACAGAGCCAGGCCCUUGGGGGGCCAGCCCAGGGUCCCCAGGACUGAGCUUGUGCUAGCAAAGCUCCAACAGAAAUAACAUGUCUUUUGGGCAAGGUUUUCUAACUAUGCCCACCACCACAAACUUUGCACUCCAGAGAAAUGUGGAAAGAGAGCAAAAUAUAAUAUAUUUAGAUAUAGAUAUAUUUAAGAAGCAGCAUCGGUUCCGUUGUGUACAGAAAGCGUAAAGGCAACAUGACAGCGUGUGUAUUUUCAAUGUGAUUAGGAUUGUUGAUGGUUGAAAUCACUUGAUAUUUGACUGAGAUGAGGAGCUAGAGUGUUAUCUCUGCUGUGGUUGUAGCUGUGUGAUCAAUAUCUAGUAUGCCAUUGCCCUGGCUCUCUGGGCCUCUGACCCACUAGGAAAGUGAUUGUAAGAACUUGAGCUUGUAAGAAAGUACAAAGAAACACAAAGUAAGAAACAUCUUAUUUUUCAUAUUUGGUCACUGUGUCCACCAUGAGACAUUUAUAUAUUUGUACUAUACUCUGUAUAUACAGAAGAGUUGCCACUUUCUUUAUGCUUGGACUGAAGCAAUGUUGGCUAGUGUUUGAUGAUAAGGAGUUUUGAGGUUGAAAUAAGUUUGUCUAUAGAGUUGUAAGGUGGAAAUUGUUUGGUUAAAGUGAAGCAUUUCUUGUUACAUUUUCUUUUGAUUUUCACACUAAACUGUGGAACUGAUUGACUUUCUGAAUAUAAUAUUCACAACUGUUUGCCUUUUUAGGGAUCACAUAACAUUUUUAUUAUGAUUGUAAAUUUGGAUUUCACCUGAUAAAGAAUGUUGCAGAUUAGGUUGUUUUGUUCAUAUACAACGUGUUGUAUUGAACCACCCCUUUUUUCCACUCAUGAUGAAUAUAUUAUAUGUAAGGGAUGAACGCCAACGUUAUGUACGUUACCUUGGAAAUAAUGGACCGCAGGUAAUGUACAGAACGUCAGCGUUUAUCCCACUCAUACCACAGUUGCCAAAGAAAACAAUACUAAAACACACAUUUACCUGUAGAAAUAAAAUGGUUUUGUUUUA